AACAAAGUUUCUAUUUGUUAGAUGGUGUCCCACGUGACUAGCACAAUAAAAAAUGAUAAACGCCUCCCUACAGCUUGUAAAGGUGGUCAGAUGUUAAGUUUAGUGUUUAGAGGACGUUUAUGUAGGAAGGCGGUUUGUGGACGUUUAGCUUUCGGUUUCAGCAGGAUGUCUGGAAGUAGCUGCCUCCCUGGUACCGUGUUAGGUACCAUGGAGCUGGGCCGACGAGCAGAUCCAACUGUCAGUGCUCAGAUGGUAGACGUUUUCUUGCAGCGCGGUCGCAGUGAGUUGGAUACUGCAUAUAUGUAUUCCGAAGGCCAGUCUGAAACUAUCCUGGGGAAUUUAGGACUAAGUAGCAGAAAAGUGAAAAUAGCAACCAAGGCAAAUCCAUGGGAUGGUAAAACGUUGAAACCAGAAAGUGUACGAUCACAGCUUGAGACUUCAUUGGAACGCUUGCAGAGUGACUGUGUUGACCUGCUCUAUCUCCAUGCUCCUGAUCACGAAACUCCAAUUGAAGAAACCCUCAAAGCUUGUCAUGAAUUACACAAGGAGGGAAAGUUUAAGGAGCUUGGCUUAUCUAACUUUGCAUCCUGGGAAGUAGCUGAGAUCAUCUGCAUUUGCAGAAACAAUAACUGGAUUAUUCCUACUGUCUACCAGGGAAUGUACAAUGCUACAACCCGUCAAGUGGAGGUAGAACUGUUCCCAUGUCUUCGACAUUUCGGAUUAAGGUUCUAUGCAUACAACCCCUUAGCUGGUGGCCUAUUGACUGGGAAAUAUAAAUACGAAGACAAGGACUGCUCUCAACCAGUGGGAAGGUUCUUUGGCAACAGCUGGGCAGAGGUGUAUAGAAACAGGUACUGGAGGGAGCACCAUUUCCAGGCCAUUGAUGUGGUGCAAAAGGCUGUAGAGACUGCUUAUGGGUCACAGAAGCCCCCUCUGACAUCAGCUGCAUUUCGGUGGAUGUAUCAUCAUUCCAAACUUAAGGGUGAAGUUGGAGAUAGUGUGAUCAUUGGAGUUUCCAGCUUGGAACAGCUUCAACAGAAUCUUGCAGCCACUGAAGAAGGUCCACUUCAUCCCAAAGUAGUUGAAGCCUUUGAUGAAGCAUGGCAUGUGGUAGCACAUGACUGCCCAAAUUAUUUUCGCUAGCAUCAAGCUCACUCACUCAAUUGCCAACUGAAACGAGCCUUUUUCAGGAUCAAAGUGAAAUGAAUAACAACCUAUUACCACAAAGAUUAAUUGUGAAAGGGGGACUGCUUGCUCCUUUCUAAAAAUGUAAUUGACACUAAUACUUAUUCAUGGAGUCAUUGUAAAGCUCUAUGCACUUUAAAUUUGAAAAAAAUAUAAAAUACAGAUUACCAAAUAUAUAAUUUUUUAUUAACAA